AUGGAGUCCAGCGCGCCCAACGCCAGCGACUCGCCUCGCACUUUUGCGAUGCAACACCAGCGCCCCAGGACAAGCUUCGUAGGAUGCUCGCGAAUCACAGAUUACGAUCUCCUUGGCAAGCUGGGUGAGGGUACCUUUGGUGAGGUGCAUCGCGCGAAAUCCAAGAAGACGGGAGCCCAUGUUGCCCUCAAGAAGAUCAUUAUGCACCAUGAGAAAGAUGGGUUCCCCAUCACGGCGCUGCGCGAGAUUAAGCUUCUCAAGCUCUUAUCACACAAGAACGUCCUGCAGCUAGUGGACAUGGCCGUCGAGCAUCCCCAGAGAGCCAGUAAGUCGCUGCUGAGUCACUCGUCUCCGAACCAACAAUUCCUGACGCGGAUUGUUACAGGCGACAAGCGCAAGAGGCCAAUCAUGUACAUGGCCACGCCCUACAUGGACCACGAUCUUUCUGGUCUUCUUGACAACCCUUCGGUCACCUUUACCGAGCCUCAGAUCAAGUGCUACAUGUUACAACUUCUGGAGGGCCUCCGAUACCUGCACGACAACCACAUCUUACACCGCGACAUGAAAGCCGCCAACCUUCUCAUCAACAAUAAGGGCAUCCUCCAGAUUGCAGAUUUUGGUCUGGCUCGACACUACGAGGGACCCACGCCUAAGUCAGGGCAUGGUGCUGGGGAGGGCAAGAGGGAGUACACUGGCCUUGUCGUCACUAGAUGGUACAGACCCCCCGAGCUGUUGCUUCACCUGAAGAAGUACACAACAGCCAUUGACGUCUGGGGUGUUGGGUAA